CUACCAUUCAGACCCGUGUACAGUUGCAUGCUCACUUGGCGAUGGGGCGGUCAAGAAAUACACGGAUCGCCCCGUUGUUGAUGGACAAAGUCUGAUGAUUUGAAAGGUAUAUAAUUCAGAUAUGGUUGUAGAAUCUUGUCUCCCACCAGAAAAAGCAUUGCUCUAUAGUAGUACCGAAGAUGCGCUUCUCAUACAUUUUGAUCUUCUUGAAUGCACUCCUGAUUGGUAGUGUAUAUUGCGCUACUAACAAGCCAGAGUCUCCUCGCUCUUCUCCUAAGCAAGUCGUUGGCUCAAGUUCCAGUCAAACUUAUACUGCUCAUGACCACGCACAAGCUCUUAGAAGUGCCAGAAAAGGAAUGGAAAGGCAGAAAACAUAGUGACAGAACGGCACUUGCUGGCUGUUCACAAGCUUUUUGCUUAUUUGGAAAUGGUGGCCAUUUUCGUCAUCAUACUGGAAGAGCAGAUGUUCAUCGUAAAAAUCUCCGAGAGCACAAGACUGAAUUAGAGACAACGUUGGCCAGAGAUGAUUUUGGACCUGCAAAAGAUAAAAAAGUUCAAAAAAGUUUAGAUCAUGAAGUCAAAUGGGCUAAAAAAAGACUUGAUCAAUUUCCUAGACAAGAACAACAUCGUAAUGCAGUUAUAAAGGAUCAUCUCAAACAAGAGAGGAUCAAUCGUGGUGCACAUCCACAAUCACACUAUGACUACGACAGUGACGAUGUGCUUUUCGGCCGAUGAUUUUUGCUUUUGGUUCUUAUCAAUACUUUUAGAAUAUGAAUAUCUACUACUACACUCAAUGUCUGAUCUAUCAAUACUACGGCAAGUUUCAAU